AUGGAUUCCGAACUCCCAGAGAACGGCCAACACGUUGAGGGUGCGUCUUGGGGAGAAGAGGGAUAUGGAGGAGAAGAGAUUCAGCAUAGCGACCAACAAAGUCAAGAUCCUGCCUUCUCACUUGAUGCUGCGAAUGGUGACCAAGAAGAUGCUGGCGAAUACGACCCCGAGUCCGUCAGCUACGACCCAGCCUCCGUUUCGAUAACUCCAGUCCCACAGAUCACAGAGUCCCAGAGCCCGACCGUUCCCACUCCGCCUGCGUCCGCGAAACCAAAAUCGGGCAAGCCCAAGACCAAGGGAGGAUUCCUAGUGGGAGACUCCGAUGAUGAGGAGGAGGACGCGUCGACCCCGGCUUCGAGCACUGUUGCUGCGCCGGCUGCCGUCGCACACAAUCCUUCCCCCCUUCAUGCGUCCAUACCAGCUCAGAAUGCCCCUGCAGAACAGCUGCACGAGGCUGUCCCUGUGAGAGCCCCCAGUGCUGCGUCUGCUUCUGCUGUGGCUCCCGCCCCUGCCCCCGCUCCCGUCCCUACUCCUGUGCCGGCUGCUCAAGCUGCCCAGUCUGUCCAGACCAGAGACCCUAAUGACACGAUUGGUAUCUUGGAGGACCGCGUGAAGGAGGAUCCUCGUGGCGAUAUGGAUGCAUGGCUAUCUCUGAUCGCAGAGCACCGCCGCAAUGACCAGCUGGACGAGCUUCGCGGUGUGUACGAUCGGUUUGUGCAGGUGUUCCCUCAAGCAGCCGAAAUUUGGGCACAAUGGGCCCAGCUCGAGCUAGACUCAAACCGAUUCCAGACCGCAGAAGAGCUCUUCAACCGCUCCCUCGUCAAUGCCCCCAAUGUUCAACUGUGGACUGUCUACCUGAACUACAUCCGCAGGCGGUACGACCUCAACAACGACCCGAAUGGCGAAGCGCGCCGAAUUCUCAGCAUGUCGUACGAGUUCGUCGUUAGUUCUGUUGGUAUCGACCGUGACGCCGGUCAGCUUUGGAAGGACUACAUCCAGUUUAUCAAGAGCGGGCCCGGCCAGGUUGGAGGCAGCGGUUGGCAAGACCAGCAGAAGAUGGACCAGUUACGGAAAGCCUACCACCGUGCCAUCACGGUGCCCACUUCAGCUCUCACAGACUUAUGGAAGGAUUAUGACCAGUUUGAGAUGAGUCUCAACAAGACCACUGGUCGCCAGUUCAUUCAGAAGCGCUCACCUGCGUACAUGACUGCCAAGGCAUCCAACUCGCAGCUUGACCGUCUUAUUCCUAGACUUCAACGGAGUACCCUGCCUCGCCUCCCUCCCGCCCCUGGCUUCGACGGCGAUCAGGAGUUCAUGGAGCAGGUCGACCUCUGGAAGAAAUGGAUACAAUGGGAGAAGGAAGACCCCUUGGUUCUCCAGGAAGAGGAGCCCGAAGCUUACACAGCCCGCGUGCUCUACUGCUACAAGCAAGCGUUGAUGGCGCUUCGCUUCUGGCCGGAGAUGUGGGUCGACGCAGCUGAGUGGUGUUUUGCCAAUAAUGUUGUCAAAGAGGGCAAAGAGCUUGGGUUGUCUUUCCUGACCGACGGUAUCACGGCGAACCCUGAGAGUGUCUUGCUGGCACUCAGACACGGCGACCGCGUCGAGAUGACAUAUCCUGCGGGUGACGACGAUGCGAGCAAGGCCGCUCGCGCAAAGGCUAUUCGGGAGCCCUACAGCCAGGUCCUCGACAAUCUCUAUGCCAUGUCGAAGAAGCUCAAGGAACGGGAAGAGCAGGCCAUUCGCAGGAUUGAGGAAGCUGCGGCUUUCGAUCCCAACAUCAAGGACUCUAUCGAGCGCAACGACGAUGAUGUUGAUGGUGAGGCCCCAUCGGCUGAACUUGCCAAGGAAGAGCGCGUCAAGGCUGUAAAGCAGGGUUUCUCGGUGCAAACCGAUAUGCUGAAGCGUACCAUCUCGUUCGUGUGGAUUGCGCUUUGUCGGGCUGCGCGCCGAACCCAGGGCAAGGGAAGCGCCAGCCAAGGUCUCCGUCAAGUGUUCAUCGAGGCAAGGAGCCGUGGCCAGCUGACCAGCGACGUCUACAUUGCUGUUGCCAAGAUGGAGGCACUCAUUUACAACGACCCAGCUGGCGGCAAAAUCUUCGAUCGCGGUGCAAAGCUCUUUCCGGAGGAUGCUAGCUUCAUGCUUGAAUAUAUCAAGUUCUUGCACUCCAAGGGGGAUACGACAAAUGCCCGCGUCGUCUUCGAGACCUGUGUCAACCGCCUGACGCAGAAGGAAGAGAAGAGGGACCAGGCGAAGGCGCUCUACUCUUACUUCCACAAGUAUGAGUCGCAAUUCGGCGAACUGUCCUCAAUCGCCGAACUUGAAAAGCGCAUGUCCGAACUCUGGCCUGCCGACUCCAAGCUCGCCCACUUUGCCAGCCGCUUCUCCGUCGAGACCUUCGACCCUAUCGCCUACCGCCUCAUCAUCUCGCCUGCUGCUCAACUGCGACCCAGGAUGCUCAUCCCCGUCGUUGAGCAGCCCACAUCUGUGCGCCAGACUCCCAUGCCUGUGCCAAUUCGACAGACUGCCAGCCCCGCUCCACAGUACAUGGGUGUCACCAACUCACCCAAGCGCGCCUUCCCUGGCGAUGACUAUGAAGAGCUCAACAGACCACGGAAGCUUGCUAGAGGAGAGUCGCCUCUGAAGGGUGCUGCCGGUCGUCGUCUCGACCAACAACGACGAAACCAAGGGGCACCGCUCUCCAGAGACAUUACCUUUUUCCUUGGUAUCCUCCCUCCUGCCCACGCCUACGCUCACUCGCCCGAUGCCUACCGCCUUAACAUUCACAACCUCGUCGGCCUUAUUCAGAACACCCCGGUGCCCGACUACAGCACUUGGAAAUCUAACCCGGACCCCCGUUCCAGGCAAAACAACGGUAUGCAACCCCCCUCUCAUGGCCGCCAGGCCUCUGGUGACUACGCCGGAUAUGGUGUUGGCGGACGAAGCUCCCCUCAACGGACUCUCAGUCCGUUUGAAGGUUCCGGCCGUCGUCUGGCAUCUGGUUACAGAAGUUCUCCCCUUCGACCUGGUUCCAGUGGCGGAUCUUCUGAGCCCGCUGUACCGUUGGCAACUGCGCCUUACGACCCAAACCUGGCCUGGACCCAAACUCUCUCUGGCUAUCAAGCACCUCCACAACCAUACGGAAGAUAUCAGUAUUGA